CUCCCUAACUCUUGAUUCGUAAUCGUUACUCCUCUUCCACACACGUAAUCACCUACAUAUAUACCCAUGUAUAUAUAAUGACUUCGAAAAUGACCCAUGGGGUUUUUAUUUCUGUAAAUACAAACUUGUUCUCCCUCUCUCUCUCUCUCUCUCUCUCUCUGCAGUUCGUGGAUUGCUCAGACGUUUCUCAGCUCUAACAAUAUUGUAAAUAGCCCAAGAAGGUCUAAAUCUCGCAUUCAGAUAUUUUUUCCCAGCAUUUUCUAGUUGUAUGUAAAAGAGAGAAAUCUUGGAAUGCUGAAAGAUGUGCUUGAGCAUUCGGAACCCUUCCUCUGAAGUCCACAAUAGUUUCACCUUACAAAAGCCGCUUUACUUCAUCUUCGAUGAGACAGGCCAUUUAGCUCAUUCAUUACUUGGUGCACGUGUUCAAACUCACAGUGCGACAAUCAGUUAUAAAUGCUUGAAGAGGGUUGAGUAUAUGCUACCGUUUAUUGCUCCGGCAAGGUAGGCUUCAUAUAUCAUAUUAGGAGGAGAUAAUAACAGAGUAUUGUAUAGUCAUAUAUCGCAUAUUUUUGUCCUGGUAUGGAUAAAAAAGGGAGUGUGUUGAUGGAAAGAUACGAAUUAGGUAGAUUACUAGGCCAAGGAACCUUUGCUAAGGUUUACUUCGCGAGAAGUCUCAGAACUGGCCAGAGUGUAGCCAUUAAAAUGAUAGACAAGGAGAAAAUUUUGCGGGUAGGGCUUGUUGAUCAGAUUAAACGCGAAAUAUCUGUUAUGAGACUGGUUAGGCACCCUUAUAUUGUGCAGCUUUAUGAAGUCAUGGCCACCAAAACCAAGAUAUAUUUCAUCAUGGAGUGUUGUAAAGGAGGUGAGCUUUUUAACAAGGUGGCCAAAGGAAAGCUAAAGGAGGACGUUGCUCGAAAGUACUUCCAACAGUUGAUCGACGCGGUUGAUUUCUGCCACAGUAGGGGUGUCUAUCACAGGGAUUUGAAACCUGAGAAUUUGCUGCUAGAUGAGGAUGAGAAUCUCAAGGUUUCAGACUUUGGAUUAAGUGCAUUCGCAGAGUCAAAGCGCCAAGAUGGGCUUCUUCACACCACUUGUGGGACCCCCGCCUAUGUCGCUCCUGAGGUGAUUAACAGGAGAGGCUACGAUGGGGCGAAAGCUGAUAUUUGGUCGUGUGGUGUGAUCCUAUUCGUUCUUUUGGCUGGUUAUCUCCCAUUUCAGGAUUCAAACUUGAUGGAGAUGUAUAGGAAGAUUGGAAAAUCAGAAUAUAAAUGCCCCAAUUUCUUUGCGCCAGAGGUACGGAAGCUAUUGUCAAGGAUGUUGGAUCCAAAUCCCCAUAGCAGAAUUUCCAUUGCUAAAAUCAAGGAAAAUCCUUGGUUCAAAAGGAAAUUGAGCGCCAAAGAAACAAAAACAGAUGCAGAAAGCACAGAGACAGCUUGUCUGAGUGCAGAAUCAACUUCUGGACCCUCUGAGUCCAGUAGUAGUAUGCAAGAACUACUGAAUCCUGCAAACUUGAAUGCUUUUGACAUUAUCUCAUUUUCUUCCGGAUUCGAUCUUUCCGGCUUGUUUGAGGAUUCUCAUCUAAAGAAAGAAGCAAGAUUUACUUCAAGGAAACCUGCAUCGGUCAUCAUAUCCAAGCUAGAGGAAAUUGCUAAGUGGUUGAAGCUGAGGGUGAGGAAAGCGGAUAAAGGGUUGUUGAAAUUCGAGGGAGUGAAGGAAGGUAGAAAGGGGAUCUUGUCCAUCGAUGCAGAGAUAUUUGAAAUCACUCCAUCUUUUCAUCUGGUGGAGGUGAAGAAAGCUAACGGAGAUACAUUGGAAUAUAAGAAGCUUCUAGAAGAUGGCAUGAGACCUGCUCUAGAAGACAUUGUUUGGGCAUGGCAAGGUGACCAGCAGCAACCACUGGAACUCCAUCCGCCACCAGAACUGCCACCAGAGCAGCAGCCGCAAGCCCAACAACUACUAAUACAUCAGCAUAAGCUGCAGGAUAAGUUACCUUAAUAAUUAUUCCUUGCGAUUUUUCUAUACUAGCUGAAGUUUGUAUCAUAUCUUGCUUUUAGUUUGUAUUAUAUCUUUGUUUUUUUGGUUUGAAUCAUCUCUCUUCCAAAAUAAACUUCUUGUUAAUCCUGAAAGUUUUACGUUGUGUUUGCUUUCCACACAUUAUAAUGUAAUCAGCUGUGCCUUUUCUUUUGCUGUAAUAGAUUAUGACCGGCUUUCAA